GGAAAUAUAUUUUAUUUUUAAGAAAGUAGAUGAAAUAGUAAUAAUUGUUUAUUAUAUGUGUUUAUUAGCUAUUGUCAAUAUAACACGCUGUCAUAUUACAUAGAAAAAUCUAUGUCAUUGAGAUAUUUAUUGGUUACAUUAAUAAAAAAAUAAACAUAAACAAAAAAAACUACUAACAUAAUACAUGAAUGAUAGUUAACUACUUGCAUGCGUAAAAAUGCAUUAAAUGUACGAUAACAUAGUUUCAUAUAAUAUUAAUACAAUUAUGGCAACUGAGAUGAAAGAUAAUUUAAUAGGUAUACAUGAAAAAGAAAAUAGUAAUCCACGUGCUAUAUUUUACAAAAAACCUAUUAAAAAAGACAAUUAUAAUUUAGAUGUGGAUAAUAUUGAUACUUCUCAAGAAAUAAGACGCCGACGGUUAUUACAAUUUCAAAAAAAAUGCAGAGAUAUUGCAUUUAAUGUUGGAAGAGGAAUAUUAGAAGAAGCAUUUAACUCAGAAGAAGAUGAAUGUGAAGAAGAAUUAGAAAUUGAGGAAACGAAUAAAAAAGGCUAUCAUUCUUUUAAACGCCAAUUUAAUCAAACAAAAUAUUAUGCAAAUCAAUUAAUGAUGUCUGAAUGGAUGUUGGAAGUACCUCAAGAUCUUUUAGGAAAAUGGAUUAUAGUUCCUUGUCCUCAAGGGAAAAGAACUCUGGUUGUUGCAUGUAAAGGUAUAACUAAAGCAUAUAAUAAACGAGGUAAUCGUCUUGGUAAAUUCUAUUCCGCACUUCCUGGUGGUAAUCCAUCUGAACAUAGAAGUAGUUGUACCAUUGUUGAUUGUUUGUGGAUAAAACAACAAAAGAUAUAUUAUAUUUUAGAUGUACUUGCAUGGUCUAAUCAAUCAUUAAUGAAUUGUGAUACUGAAUUUAGAUUUUUUUGGUUAAAAUCAAAAUUACAAGAAAUUGAAGAAUUACAUAAAAGGAAUACAUAUAAAAAUAGUUUUCCCAUGUUAUCUUUACCAAAUAUCAGUUGUGAUACUGAUAUAAGUUUAUCAUUAGCAAAUCUUCCAAAUUUAUAUCCCUUAGAUGGUUUACUAUUUUAUCAUAAAGAUGGACAAUAUACUAAAGGUCGUACUCCACUUGUAACAUGGUUAAAACCUUUUAUGUUAUCGGAAGUACUUGGUGUUUCUGUACCACCACCACUUGAUGAACAACCUGAUGGGUAUAUAGAUUUUGUACAUUACAUUCUUAAUUGUCGUGCUAAAAAAAGAAAAGAAGAAUCAGAAAAUCAAAUGGAUAUUGCAGAUGAAAAUUCCUAAAAUUUUACUUUAUUUUAUUUAUAUAAACGAACUUCUUAAGGAAGUGAAUUAUAAUUGACAUAUUGAAGAUGUUAAUAAUACUUAUAUUUUAUGAAUGUAACUUUUGUGUUGUACAAAUUUACUGGUAAUAGUAUUUGAAAUCUAACAUUAAUAUUUUAUACAAUCUGUGAUAUUUAAAAAAAUUAUACCAAAUCCGAAUAAAUUUAUAAAACAUA